AUGUGCCUGCGCUUCACGGAUGAUGAUCCUGUUCAAGUCAGCCCCGAAGGACCAAGAAGGCCACACCCCUCAAAAGUCACUGCAAAGCAGUCUGCAGAUAAACGUAUUCAGGACAUGCAAAACAUCAAGAAGGAGAAGAGGAGGUUAAGCAAACGAUUCGCAAGGCCUUCUCCCAUUCCAGAGCCAGGACUCCUGUGGUCUGGAUAAAGCUGGAGUCUGCAAUGAAGAAACCAUGUACCAGAGUGAAUUUAUGGCCUUGGAAAUCCAACUGUGUGCCAUGAUUUGACUUCAUUUGAAAAUAAAAGCAAUACUCUGCAAUUUCAGCAAAAUAAACAUGGUUCAAGCAAUUUACAUACAA